AUUGGGCCACUGGCAGGCCUUGGUGGCGUGUCAUCUGCGUCUGGAGGUGGUAAAUGUGUGGUGGAGUGCUGCGGUGGAGGCGAGGGGCAGCCACACCACCACAGCAAGACGACAAAAGAGAUUAUAUAAUGAGAUAGGUAGGAAUGAGUGUCCCACCACCAGAAUGUUUGAAAGGGCCUAUGCAUGUCCCCAGCAAGCUGUUGAUGGGUCCAGGUCCAUCCAACAGUCCACCACAGGUCCACCAGGCCAUGCUUAAACCCCUGCUGGGACACUUGCACCCAGAGUUCACUCAGAUCAUGGAUGAAGUGAAAGAAGGACUGCGUUACUUAUUCCAAACCAGGAGUGAUGUUGUCUGCUGUGUAAGUGGCACAGGUCAUGCAGGGAUGGAGGCCACCAUGUGCAACCUGCUGGAGCCCAAGGACAUCAUCCUGAUUGCUGAGAAUGGCAUCUGGGGUGAGCGUGCUGCUGACAUGGCAUCCAGACAUGAGGCUGAUGUUCGCAUAGUGAAGAAACCUGCAGGAGAAGUGUUUCAGUUGGAUGAGUUGGAGGCAGCUCUAAGGGAACACAGGCCGGCUGUUCUCUUUCUUGUGCAAGGAGAGUCUUCUUCAGGUGCCUUGCAGCCCAUCUAUGGCGUGGGGCCACUGUGCCAGAAGUAUGGAGCGCUGCUUGCUGUUGAUGCUGUGGCCUCACUUGGUGGCGUGCCUUUCCUGAUGGACCUGUGGGGCGUGGAUGUGGUCUACACAGGCACCCAGAAGGUUAUCUCAGCACCCCCAUCCAUGGCUCCCAUUGCCUUCAGUGACAGAGCUAUGGCCAAAGUGAGAGCACGCAAGAAGCCCGUCCGUAGCUUCUAUGCAGACAUAACUUGGCUGGCCAAUUACUGGGGCUGUGAUGGAGCCCCUCGCAAGUAUCACCACACGGGUCCAGUGAGCUCAGUUUAUGCUCUGCGCGAGGCCUUGUUCCUGGUGUGUGCUGAGGGUCUGGAGUCCUUGUGGGCACGCCAUGCUGCCUGUGCUCAGAGGCUGUAUGAUGGUCUGGCUGACCUCAACCUGCAGCUGUUCAUCUGUGACCCUGCUAACCGAACACCCACAGUCACCACCAUCAGAGUCCCUGAAGGAGUAGACUGGAUGAAGGUUACUAAAUACUUCAUGACCAAGUACCGAGUGGAGAUAAGUGGAGGACUGGGGCCCAGUGCCGGCCUGGUGUGGCGCGUGGGACUCAUGGGCUACAACUGCACCCAAGACAAUGUUGACCUUGUCCUGAAGAUCAUGAAGGAAGCACUUGACCAGCAGUCUGUCAUCACCAGCAAACUCUGAGAUGAGAAAUGCCUUAUAUUCUUCAAUAUGAUGAAAGGUUUACUAUUCACAAAAUUAUUUUACCUAUUAUGUAAGGUUUUAUAAUUGUAUCCUGGUAGAAUUUUUAUACAAUUAAUAUGUUUCACUAGUGAAUUGUGAACUAUGAAUUUGUGAUAGUUGUGAAAGAAUUGAUGUAAUGAGGGUGGUGAGCAUUAAAUGCAACCAAGAUUUACUUACUUCCACUUCUGAGUACUGCAGUAUUUCAUGUACCACACCACAACAGGGUCCAAAUCGUAAUGUCUUAUUUUAAAACUGCUCAAUCUUAAAUUUAUACUAGAGAUGUGUUUUGCAGACUGUAAAGACACACUCACCUUGACAUAUCAUCCACUCCCCAUUUUGAUGUGUGCAAUAUGUUGUUGAUACCAUGUAUUGUGUUGCUGCACCACACACACAGUGUUGUGUGUAUCCCUUGCUACUUUCCUCCAGACUAGACUAUGGCAGCUUAGUGGCAGGCUGAAAGUAGUGACAAUUUGGAUUAGUCUAUAAAAGUAGCAAUAAAUCUUCAUCUCAUAACUAUCAUUUCUUAGCAGUUCGGAAUGAAGAACAUCAGAACUUGCCACAUGAAGCCAGCAUGCUUAUGUGUGUAGCCUACAAGACAUAUCUACCUAUUAAAGGCAACCCCCACUUAACGAAUGGGUUACGUUCCUAUAAAAACGGUUCAUCAUGUGAAUUUUUUGUUAAGCGAACCAAUUAUAACAAGUUUGACUCCUAACUUGAACUUCCAUUGAUAGUGAACAAAGUGAGAGUGCAUCAUAGUACAGUAAAAGGUUUAAUGAAAGUAAAAAUUAUGAAGUUCUAAGUCAUAAUAAUGUACACACUAACUUUAUAAUGUUGAUCUCUUAAAUUUAUGAAGGGAGGGAGAGUGGAGCAGGAAAGACACUAUUUGGCAACCUGUGGAACGUAAACAAAAGGCGCAUCAUUGCACCGCAUACUUAUGUACCACAUUUCCACAAGGCUUUCCAUUUUAUCCAUUGCAGAGUCACAACUUUGGGUGGUUCUUUUAGCUUGCAAGGAAGAUACGGUCUCACCAGCCUUCUUAAUAUUUUAAUAGAGUCUGCCGACUUGAAAAUAGUAGAGACAGUAGAUGGAGUCAAGCCAUGGUGGUAAGCAAUGCUGUUUAUUAGUUUUCUCGCCUCUCUCAUGUCUGUGAAUAAUAUCCAGCUUCACUUCGAGAGUAAGAGACUUCAUGGUCUUCUUAGCAAUGGUAGGCGACAUUGCAGGGCUGGAUGCAGGGUGUUUUGGUGGCAUGUUGAGCGAGGGAAGACAAGCUGCUGCUGGACGCUGUUAUUGUUUCAAAUUAAAAGCGGGGAAGGAUAGGGGAGUGAGUGGUGCGCGUUUUGCCCUUGAGAGGUGCUUGUGUUUUCAAAAGCCUAUCGGCUUGCAUGAUAUGACGGGGCUUUCAAACUUGGAAAAAAUUACCUGGAUAAAAUUUUGUUAAAGUGAGUUUGGUGUUCGUUAUACGAGCAGAUGGUAGUAAAAGGAAACGUUCAUUAUGGCGAAAUUUUGUUGUAUGAACAUUCGUUAAUCGGGGGUUACCUGUAUCUGUACCCUUAAGUUUAUCUAGUCUAGUUUUACGGCCUUUUAUUAACUGCCAAGUCUGAACCCAAAACAUUUACUCAUAUCUUGGUUAUUAAUCCUAACAAUUACAUGAGAAAUAUAAUCUUGGUCAUAUACCUUACAAAACAGCUAUGACCAAUCAGAUCACCUCUACCUUUAUUAGGUGAAAUUCAGAAGGUACAAAUUCCUCCCAAGAAAUAUUUUGCAUUGUGUCAUUGUCAGCCAUUUUUCUCUGCAUUAACAAACAAAACAAGACAUCCUUUAGAUAUUCAUCUUAUCUAUGUUUGCUUGGCCAUUCUGUUGGAAUAAAACACAAUUUACCUAUCUACCUAUCCAUCUUAGGGUCACUUACAAAUCUACUAACAUUUAUACUAAUUCCAUUAUCUGAAUCAUCAUUACAUAUUAAGAAUUAGCAGUGCAAGAAAAUUUUUCUUGUAUGCCACCAGUUGCAAUUCACACCACUCUGAUAUAGAGUAGGAAAUGUAACUGUUGCCCAUCUUAGGACCAUGACCUAAUCUUUGUAUACUAGAACCUUAUCAAAUGCACUAAAUAUUUGCAGUGUCAAGGACUUUACACUGAAGUCUCUAUAAUGAUAAAACUAAGUUGAAAGCAGAAGCAGUCCUGUGAACCAUUUAUCAAAAAUAUUAUUAGUUGAAUAGAUUAAAAAAAUUAGACAAUUUUAGACAAAUCUACAAGUAAAGGGAGAGCUCAAAGCUCAAUAUUAACAUGUUAAUCUCCUACUGUCUUGAAAAUAGAAAUUAUAUUUGUUUCAACAUCACUUCUUUUAACUGAUGAAUAAAGUAACUGCAGAGCAAGUUUGGUGAGAAGAGGAGUGGACAAAGGUAAUCUCAAAAUGUAUGAGAAUGGCAGUGUGUGACAGUUAUGAAAGUUGGAGAUCUGAAUGAAAUUGAUAGUUUUCAAAGAUGAACAUUAUAUGGAACUGGGCAAGUAGCUAUAUAACAUGAACAAAGCUGGCACAUGCAGCCAUGAAGUGAAGUUCUGAGAAGCUGGAGAGAAGUGUUAAGGAGACAUCUCAACAACUAUAUAUAAUGAAACUUUACCAUCAGGUGAGUAAACUGACCUAUGUAACCACAUGGUUACAUGACUAAUUUAUGAAAAAAAAAUAAAUAAUUGAAUUUACUAGACACAAUAUUCAUUGUGUCUGUCAAGUACACAACUCUUGCCAUCUGAUGAAUUUGUAACCUUGCCAACAAAAUGUAACUCGUAAAGGUGUACUAAAUUUACCAGCAGUCGUCUUUAACAUUCCAUCACAUCUGUUUAUGAUGAGUACAAGUUGCCAGCUUUCUGUGUUUGUUGUUCUUAGUUUCCUGAGGGACAGGUAAACCAUGCCAAUGUAUGUAUGUCAAAUUCCAUAUACCAGAAAUUAUAUCAAUAAAUAAUGGUGCUAUAAGAAAUUUUUAUAUGCAUAAUAAAGAUUGGUGCUUUAAAA